CGCCUGAGGGAAGCUCGUUACUAAGAUGGCGCGGUUGUGUCAAGGCUUCACGUUGUGCAGUUUAUCGAGUGCUGCCGCCGUGGGCGGUGUGGAGCCCGCUGGGCUGGACCGUGUCGUUGUCACUCGCGAAGACCGGACAGUCACAGUCUACAAGGUAUCAGACCAAAAGCCUGUCGGAAGUUGGACGGUCAAGCAAACACAAAAAAUCUUAUGCCCUGCUAUCUAUAACAGUCAAACUGGAGAAUUUGUUGUUGUCCAAGAUCAUAAGGUUUUAAGGAUUUGGAAGGAUGAAGAUGUCAAUCUGGAAAGAACAUUUAAAGCAACACUAGCAGGCAACAUCUACCAGAUACACACACUGCCUGACAUUGAACCUAUGGUGCUUUUUGAAAGAGGAAGUGUGAGACAACUUGAUGCCGUUCUGUCAGAUCCACAGCAGGAACUCGAAAGUGUCUUAUCAAAAGAUGAAGUCAUCAGGUGGAGUGACAUUUUAUUGGAAGCUGGAAGCCCUGUUGUGUUUUUUGUCACUAAGAAGGGUGGAAUGUACCAUCUGUACGCAGAGAAAGUAAGCCACAAUAUACGGCACAAGUUUAAACUGGAUUCCAAAACGAAUGGCUGCCCUUUGAGUUUUGUGCUCUCUGUUAAACAAGAGGGCAUCAUGCUGUUGUGUUUAUAUUCCAAUGGCUGUAUCUACAAGAUGCCUUUGUCAUUAAACAGGAAUUCAAGUGAUCAAGAGCAGGUUCUACCUCAGUCACUACUGCUGAAGCUGCCAAGUUGUGAGGAAUCAUUAGACCAUGCUGCUGUCCUUUUCCUGGAUGAGACUCAUAUUGCUGUUUUAGGAGUUCCGCAUUCCCAUCAGUGCACCGUCAAAGAUUCUUUGAGUAUCUGGAAUACCAAGUUUCAGACACUCCAGGGAUGGAUGGAAUUCCCAGAUGGAAGCUAUGGUCAGUUGUGGUGUUAUUAUGGGAAGAUCUUUGUGCCUCACGGAAAGGUGCUGACUGUGAUCCCAUUUACCUGCGAAACUUCUUCCUUAGCAGCCGUCCUUGGCAAACUGAAACAGCAAGAUACUGCAGUAAAAGCUAUUUCCAAUGUUGUGAACUGGAAUAGAAUGCUUCAUGAUGAGCAAUUUGCUGAGCUGGAACGAACUCUUUCACUCCCCCUUGCUGAACGACAACCCACAAGAAAUCUGAGAAGCAGAAAAGGCCAGGUUGUCAGUCCUCCGUCACAACCCAUCUCUCUGGAACAAUUUCUCCAUGUGGUUCAGACCAGUGCAAAAGAGGAAAUAGAUGAACAACUAAAGAUGAUAUUAAGAAACCUGCUGGAAUCCAAUGCUCAGCUAAUUAUUUCACAGAUUGCUACAAUCCUGGUAAGCAGGUGUAAGACGCAGGUGAAGUUCUACCCCCAGAAAGCACUAAUGAACAUUGUAAAGACACAGAUGCUCUCUUACAGCUUAUGCCCAGAUUUGAUGGGAGUUGCGUUACAAGAAGCCGACUAUUCCCUGUUGCAGUUCUGCCUUCAGCAGUUCCCUGACAUCCCUGAGGCUGUUACUUGUGCCUGUUUGAAGCUUUUCCUCAGUGCCAAUGAUUCUGAUCUGGAAAAUAUUCCUGUGGAUUUACGCAGUGUACCCUCGUAUGUCGAAUUGGAUCAGAAUCCAUCAAAAGCACAAGACAAAAAGGAGAUUGUAGAGAAUGGCUUCAGUCCACUUUUGCUGGAAGAGGACAGCUGUGAUGGAAAACAAACCCGUGAUCCUUUGCAGACCAAUGUAAAACCCACAUGUCCAGUAAGCCUGAAAAGGGCAGCUUUGCUAAAUGAAAUUUUGCUAUCGUCAUACAGCGAAUCCUUCCUUUUGCCUUUCCUGAAAGAUCUUUCUGUUCCUCAAGUGAUGUUAUUCCUUCAGUAUAUGCAGUAUCUUUAUGCAAAGCAUUGUGAAACUGUCAAUGCAAAACUUCCAGGGUCAAGGAUUCCCACAGUCAACCAGGUCUUGGACUGGAUAUCUCUGUUGCUGGAUGCUCACUUUACAGUGUUGGUUAUGGCAAAAGAGGCUCAUGAAUUAAUUACCCACCUUCACAAAUUCAUCAGAUCACAGGUUAAAUUUUAUUCUCAGCUCAGCAAGAUUGAGGGAAGUCUUCAGAAUCUACAUCAACUCAAACCAAAGAAGAAUGAUGGACUGUACUCAAUUGAAGUGAUAGAAAUAUUUUAGUGUACAAAUCUGUUAAAGAAAUGUAUGUAAUUUUUCCAAUAAUUGCUGAGUUAUAUUUAUAAUAUGAAAAUAUUAAUUUCUUCAAAUAUUUGUGUUGUAUUUCGCUGAAAUAAAUGCUACUUUUCUUAUA